CUGCUCGAGCGAGAGCAUAUGCGCGUAUAUAAAGGGCUCUCAUGCCUGCUUGCUUCCGACUUCCCCUGGCCUGGCUUCCUUUUUAUUCUUCUGCGCUGUUCUCUUGUGAGGAGGAGAGGGAAGAGGGCUGCGCUGGGCAGCAAAUGCUUAGCUCAGGUGUGUUAGAUUGGAAGCUGGAACGAUAACUUGCUUUAAGUUUCAAGAGCAAAACAAACACAUGGAGAGGGAAAUCAUGGCCUCCUAUGAAACCAAGAAAAACUGUGAAAUUAGGGUAUUUGAGAGUUCAGACGAGAUGGCAACAGAUCUGGCAGAGUUUAUUUCACAAGUUUCGGAAAUUUCUGUUAAGGAAAGAGGAUACUUUGCUAUUGCUCUCUCUGGAGGGCCUCUUACCAGACAUAUGCGGAAGCUCUGUGAAGCACCAUACAACAAGACCCUUGAUUGGUCUAGAUGGUACGUCUUCUGGGCUGAAGAACGUGCAGUAGCAAAGAACCAUGCAGAGAGUAACUACAAAUUAACAAAGGACGAAUUUCUCUCCAAGGUGCCUAUUCUUAAUGGUCAUGUCUACUCCAUCAACGACAAUGCAACGGUGGAAGAGGCAGCAACUGACUAUGAAUUUGUCAUCAGGCAGCUGGUCAAGAUUCGAACAGUUGGAGUCUCAGAGAGCAACGACUGCCCCAAAUUUGACCUCAUUCUUCUGAACAUUGGUCCUGAUGGUCAUGUAGCCUCAUUGUUCCCCAACCAUCCAGCUCUUGAGCUGAAAGAUGACUGGGUCACCUACAUCACUGACUCUCCAGAGCCUCCACCUGAGAGGAUUACCUUCACUCUUCCCGUGAUAAACUCAGCAUCGCACAUCGCCAUUGUUGCCACUGGAGAAGACAAGGCGAAAGCUGUGUCUUUUGCCAUUUCUGACUGUAACGAAGGCCUAGGUGCGACAUCAGUACCUGCUAGAAUGGUUCAGCCAACGGACGGGAAGUUGGUAUGGUUUCUGGAUGAAGCAGCUGCCUCAUCUCUUGAGGCUGGGAAUGAUGCUUACGACUUACGAGCACCAGUACUGAGAGUCUGAGACAAGCGUUGAAGCUGGACAUCCCUUUUUGCUGUGAAUGAAGAAUUGUUCAUGUAGUUGAUGGGUUUGGAUGGAAGAAAGUUUUUGGGGAGGGCUUUUCUGAGAAAUCAAAAAAUUUCCAUGUCUUGUGCUAUUGGAUUUUGGCGAAGAACGAUGCAGCAUGUACUUUUAUGCCGAGAACUGAAGUACCAGAGUAGCUAAGUUCUUCUUUCAAGGAAAAAGAGUAGCUAAGUUCGACUGUUGGUCAUAUGAUACUGUUUAGUGUGCCAUCAGUUUUUAUCUCAGUUGAAAUUAGAUUCCUUUUUGUGCUACUUUUUAGCAGGUAGCAGUAUUUUUGCUGGACACGUCGCCAUGUCGGAACCCUGAACCCAGAUGCAUGUCAAUUAAGUUUUCCUCCUUGCUUCA